UUUUCCUGUUAUCUCCCUUCCCUUACUCUUAUUUUCUUUCUUUUUUUAUAAACUCAUGUCCAGCUCAUUAGAUCAGAAUAAAGAUCAGCAAAUCGCAGCCAUUCUUGUGGUUGGAUUUCAUCACGCAUAUGGACCCAUUGUUGAAUUCUGCGUACCUCCUUUACCUGAUCAUAAAGAACAUCAGACUGCAUUGGAAAAGUUGGAGUUGCCUGAAGAAUGGAGUUUCUUACCCUUUCUUGCCUUACCAGAUGGCGCUCAUCAAAAGGACGAGGACUUUGCAUAUUUUCAUUUACCUCCUGUUCCAGGUUGGUCAGUUGCCGAAACCACCUUAUUUGGCAUCUCUUGCAAUCGACAAAUUGCCUCCAAGGAUUUGUUAGUCAAGACACCUGAUAUUACACGAUCCAUUGUUCAGAAAGCAGUCGUUGUAUUAGCAAGACAGCCUAUUUUUGGUCCUCUUCGACAAAAGCUCGCUGUCAUUACAGCAUCUUGGUUUAACCAACGAGAUUUUACAAAGCUUGAUAUCUUAUAUGUAAGUCCACAACCUCUCAAAUAAAUAAAUAAAUUCACAUUGAGUCCUUCUUAGAAUCUGUACAAUAAUUUAAACAGCACUUUUUAUGGGCCGAUAGACGAUUCGACACUGUAUAUGGGCACGUCUUUGCGUGAGUUAGUCUACAAGUUUAAAUCCAAGACAUUAA